GGAAGCACAUAGAGUCCUCUUCCACUUUCUCCUUCUUUCCAAUCACACUUUCUAGAUAGCCUGUAAGAUAUUUGAUAUAUAUCCUAUGGUUCCUGAUUGCUCUUCUUCUAUCCCAAGCCUUUCUUUCUUCCACAUGCUCUGAGUCCCAUAUCAAAUCCUCCUACCUUCUCUCAUCAUUCUGAAGAACACACCAAAAAUCCAUAACCCACAUAGCAAAAUCCUCUGUUAGUCGUUUUCCAGCACCAAAGUUUAAUCUCACCAAGUAGUAGUUUGUGAUUUAGAAUUUUCCACACAUCUUAAUUAAAUGUCCAACAUCUUGUUGUUGUUGUUUGAUAUUCAUGUCUCCGAUUCUCAGUGAGAUUUUCCUUUCCGGGUGUAUGAUCAAUUCCACUGUUAGGCGACGCAGGACCCAUUUAGUUCAAUCUUUCUCAGUUGCUUUCCUCUACUGGCUUUACUACGUUUCAUGAUUUCUAACCCUUAAAUUUAACACUAUUUAUCAUCUUUAUAUUUCUACUAGUAUUAUCUCAAUAAUUUGCAAUAAUUUUCUGAGUUUGUGUCUAGUUUAGUUUCUGGGUCCUGCCAAGUUUUUGUGUGUUUUUAGUCCUGAAAGAAAGACUAGUGCAAUUACAAUAUCUAUCUGUUUAAUGGCUUCUUCAAGCGGAACAUCUUCAGGGUCAUCUCUGCUUCAGAACUCUGGUUCUGAAGAGGACUUGCAGGCUGUGAUGGACCAGAGGAAGAGGAAGAGGAUGAUCUCGAACCGCGAAUCUGCGCGGCGAUCUCGAAUGAGGAAGCAGAAGCACUUGGAUGAUCUGGCUUCCCAAGUGACUCAGCUCAGGAAGGAGAAUCAGCAGAUUAUCACAAGUGUUAACAUCACCACUCAGCAGUACUUGAGUGUGGAGGCUGAAAAUUCAGUGCUGAGGGCUCAGAUGGGAGAGUUAUCAAACAGGUUAGAGUCCUUGAACGAGAUCAUUGAGGUAUUGAAUGCCAACAGUGCAGCUUUUGGAACCACUUUCACUGAGCCAAGUAAUGGGUUCUUCUUCAACCCAUUGAGUAUGUCCUAUCUGAACCAGCAGAUUAUGCCUUCUGCAGACAUGUUGCAGUGUUGAGAUCUAUCUCCUAUUGCAUGUUUGGAAAAACUUUUAGUAAUGAUUAUACAACCAAAAUCAAUUCCAGCUGGGACAAGUACGGUGACUAACUUUGAGUGCUAGAAUUGAUUCUGAGAAAAAAUAAGUUAAUCCAAACAUGCUAAUGAGAGAAGAGAGGUAUUGUGUUGAUUUCUUUUAGGUUUGAGUCUGUUGAGAUAUUGUAAUCCCUAGCACAUGGUGAUAACUGAUAAGGAAUAAUGAAUGUGUAUAUGAGUGUAUCAUAAAGCGGGAAGGGUUGCUAGCUAAAUGGGGCCUGUUUGACAUGGGCAAAUAUAUCAUUGUUUUCACCUUCCUUUGCUGUAUCAAUAUUAAUGACAUUCAACUAGUUUUUCAUGUAA